CGGGGCUUGCGCGCGGGGGUGGGACCGGCGGGCGCGGAUGGCGACGGUGCAGGGCGUCUGAGCGGGCCGGGGCCAUGAGUGCCGCCCGGCCCCAGUUCAGCAUCGAUGACGCCUUCGAGCUGUCCCUGGAGGACGCGGGCCCUGGGCCCGAGUCCAGCGGGGUCGCCCGCUUCGGGCCGCUGCACUUCGAGCGCCGGGCCCGGUUCGAGGUGGCCGACGAGGACAAGCAGUCCCGGCUGCGCUACCAGAACCUGGAGAACGACGAGGAUGGAGCCCAGACCUCUCCGGAGUCGGAUGGGGGAGCCAGCACCAGGGAUUCUGGCCGAACAUCCAUCCGCAGCUCCCAGUGGUCCUUUAGCAACAUCAGCACCAGCACUCAGCGCUCCUACAAUGCCUGCUGCAGCUGGACUCAACACCCUGUGAUCCAGAAGAACCACAGGGUAGUGCUGGCCUCCUUCCUGCUCCUCCUGCUGGGGCUGGGGGACCUUCAGCUUAGGUGGGGGACACCAUUCCUCAGGCCUAAGCCAUGCUGGGGGUUGCGGGCGGAGGUCCCCACCCUGCCACCAGCUCCCGCCCCUGCUCCUGCUCUCACUCUCGUGGCUCCACCUGUGUGCAGUGCUGAUCCUGACCGGCGUGGGACUGGAGGUGGCCCCCUCGCCAGGUGUCUCCAGCGCCAUCUUCUUCGUGCCCGGCUUCCUGUUGCUGGUCCCGGGAGUCUACCACGUGAUCUUCAUCUACUGCGCGGUCAAGGGCCACCGGGGUUUCCAGUUCUUCUACCUGCCCUACUUCGAGAAGUGAGCAGGCGGCGGCGGAUGGCGGGAUCCAUCGUCGGCGCCGAGAGGCCCCGCGCGGCCUCCUCGCGUCCCUAGGGGGCGCUCCUGGGGCCCGCGCCCCGCUUCGGUACCCUCAUCUCAAGGGAAAAGCCCCUGCGGGACCCUCGAGGCCCCAGUCCCCUUAGGAGUUUGCUCCGGAAGUUUGGGGCAGUGGGCCUCGGGCCACUACCUGGGAAAGUCGCCCCUUCCCUGCUCCGUGCCUUAACUUAUUCUUGGGGGACUGCUGGGUUGGUGGUGUUUCGUGCUAAUAAAAGGGGUGCUUAAUUCCA